CAUGCAGAUCUUCGUAAAGACCCUUACUGGCAAGACCAUCACCCUCGAGGUGGAGUCCUCCGACACCAUUGAUAAUGUCAAAGCCAAGAUCCAAGACAAGGAAGGGAUCCCCCCUGAUCAGCAACGUUUGAUCUUCGCCGGCAAGCAGCUCGAGGACGGCCGCACCCUUUCGGACUAUAAUAUCCAGAAGGAGUCUACUCUCCACCUUGUCCUUCGUCUACGUGGCGGUAUGCAGAUCUUUGUCAAGACCCUCACGGGUAAGACGAUCACCCUCGAGGUCGAGUCUUCUGACACGAUCGACAAUGUGAAGGCCAAGAUCCAGGACAAAGAAGGCAUCCCUCCCGACCAGCAGCGUUUGAUCUUCGCUGGCAAGCAGCUCGAGGACGGCCGCACCCUUUCUGAUUACAAUAUCCAGAAGGAGUCCACCCUCCAUCUCGUCCUCCGUCUCCGCGGUGGCAUGCAGAUUUUCGUCAAGACCCUCACCGGGAAGACAAUCACCCUUGAAGUCGAAUCUUCUGACACAAUUGACAACGUGAAGGCCAAGAUCCAAGACAAAGAGGGCAUUCCACCCGACCAGCAGCGCUUGAUCUUUGCUGGCAAGCAGCUUGAGGACGGACGCACCCUUUCUGAUUAUAACAUUCAGAAGGAAUCCACCCUCCAUCUCGUUUUGCGUCUUCGCGGUGGUAUGCAGAUUUUCGUCAAGACUCUUACUGGGAAGACAAUUACCCUUGAGGUUGAAUCCUCUGACACAAUCGACAACGUGAAGGCCAAGAUCCAAGACAAGGAGGGCAUUCCUCCCGACCAGCAGCGCUUGAUCUUUGCUGGCAAGCAGCUUGAGGACGGACGCACCCUUUCUGAUUACAACAUCCAGAAGGAAUCCACCCUCCACCUCGUUCUUCGUCUCCGUGGUGGUAUGCAGAUCUUCGUCAAGACUCUCACGGGUAAAACCAUUACCCUCGAGGUGGAGUCGUCUGACACAAUCGACAAUGUCAAGGCGAAGAUUCAGGACAAGGAGGGCAUUCCACCUGACCAGCAGCGCCUCAUCUUUGCUGGAAAGCAGCUUGAGGAUGGGCGAACUCUUUCGGAUUACAACAUUCAGAAGGAGAGCACUCUGCACUUGGUGCUUCGUCUUCGUGGUGGAUUGUAAUUCUCUUGGGCAUAUUGUUGGUUAGGCAUUGUUCGAUCUGUAUCAUCUUACGCGUAGUCAUGACGUCUGUACAAUAAACGAGUAUACAAG